AUGUCCCCUGAGCAGCAGGGUCAACACCGAACGACUGCGCCCUCUGAACAGGUACCGACGCCAGCGGAUCCUAUUGUGAUGGGUAAUGGGCUGUCUGGGCCGAUGGAUGACAUCUUCGGUCCCUUUCCUUCUCCGCUUCCUCAGCUCGACAUGGCUUUUCCUCCGGACCAGAACGGCGCCAUCGACCAUGCCCUGUUCCCUAUGCAGCACGCGUCCGUUGCCGGGCAUGACGCCGCCGCAGCACCGGCGAUGGAUCAAUGUAUCCCGUGCAUGCUGCACCACGGCUUCACCAUCGGCAACAGUAGGAGCGGCGACAGCGAUGCUGCCUCUACUCGGUCUCCUACCAGGUGCAUGUGUGUCAAGCUGGUCAACCAACACUUCACGUCCGUCCAGGACUCCCUCGAGGCAUUCCAUAGCCUGAGCAUAUUGCAGCAGUCUGUACAGUCGGCGGAAUCGAUACUCGAGUGCGGCACCUGUUUCGGCCCCAUAGACGCGUCCCCUGGCACCUGCAGAAACGUUUACCUCCUCGGCUCACUGUUGUCCAGCAUAAGCUCCUCGUAUGGCGACUUCUUCCUCUACCAACGGCAGCGCGCAGCACAGAGCCUGGAGAGUGGGGAUGCAAUCAAGCUCGUCGUCGGCCAGCCGCCAGAUGAACGCCAGUCUGUCGAGAUCUCGCUCGACGGAAAGAGCUAUGGGAGCUUUAUACGGGCGAGUCUACGAGCCGAGCUCGCGCGUCUCCUCAAGAUCAGCGAGGCCUUCGCCGACCGCCAGGCGCAGAUACAUAGCCGCGGCCACGAGGGCUGCGAGAAGGAGAAACCCUGCACCAACACGAAGAACCUGCCAGCGGGCAAGCAGCCUGCAGAAGUUUGCCCCAAGGUAGUAGACAUCACCAAGGCUUUUGCUUGUUUCCGGACUGUGGACCAAGUGCGAGCUGUUAUGGAAGAAACUGAGCAGAUCAUCUCGUCCUAG